AUGGGGAAAAGGGGAGUGAGAAAGAAGGUGACCUAUGGCAAAGCAGCAUGGGAUGAGGGAAACCAGAGUGCUGUGGAUGAAUUCAUCCUGCUGGGAGUGUCGGCUCAACCGUGGUUGGAGCUGUUGCUGUUUGUGUUCAUCUUAAUCUGCUACAUUUUGACACUGCUUGGGAAUGUCACCAUCAUUGUCAUCUCCCAGCUGGACCCCCGUCUCCACACACCCAUGUACUUCUUCCUCAGCAACCUCUCCUUCCUGGACCUUUGCUACACCACUUGCCUAAGUCCCCUACUGCUGGUAACUUUGCUUAGCGCCCGCAAGUCCAUCUCUUGGGCUGGCUGCAUGGUCCAGCUCUUCAUUGCUCUUGCCCUGGGAACCAGUGAGUGCAUGCUGUUGGCAGUCAUGGCUUAUGACCGCUAUGCAGCCGUCUGCCACCCCCUGCGCUACAUGACCAUCAUGAGCCGCCCCCUCUGCCUGCUCAUGGCUUUGGGUUCCUGGCUCAGUGGCUUAGCCAUUUCCCUGGCACAGACAAUGAUGACUAUGCAGCUGCCUCUGUGUGGACAGAACCAUAUUGACCAUUUCUCCUCCCACCUAGCUGUGGUGUCACUUUUUUUUGGCACAGCCAUCUAUGUCUACCUGCAGCCCCAGUCCAGGAGCAAGGUAAAGAUUAUCUCCCUCUUCUACACAUUGGUCACCCCCAUGCUGAACCCUCUGAUCUACACGCUGAGGAACAAGGAGGUACACAGGGCCCUGUGGAAGGUUUUAGGAAUAAACCCAACCACUAAGGCUUGGGGAUAG